UCAUACAUGUACCUGUAACGUAUGGAUAUAUCAUUUUUCCCAUAAAAAUCUUUAUAGAAAGCCAGAAAAUAUUCAGAAUUUUACAGGUAUUGAUUGGUAUACUGAUUAGUAUUGAUAUCGUUUCGAUAUGGGAUUGUUGGGAUCAUCUGUAUCUUUGCUGGGCGUAUUACUGGCUGUCCUGGGCUACCUGGUAUGGACAGGUGCGGACCUCGGGCCACUCAACCCACUGGCACAAGUGGUCAAGCCUUACCUGGAACGGUUUUCUACGGAAGAACCUCCAGAGCGCCUGUUUACUCCGCAACAGCUAAGUAAAUACACCGCGAAGUCAGGAAGUCCUGAACUGUACUUAGCCAUCAUGGGGAAAGUCUUUGAUGUGACGAAGGGUGAACGAGUCUACGGACUAAAUGGAGGAUACAGCUUCUUUGUAGGCCGUGAUGGUACCAGGGCGUUUGUUACUGGAGAGUUUACGGAGGCAGGUUUGAUAGACACCGUGGACGGACUGGGAUGGAGGGACCUGUUAGGAAUCGAGGAAUGGGUACAGAGGUACGAGAAGGACUACACAUAUGUAGGAAAGCUGAUUGGUAGAUACUAUGAUGAGGAGGGGAACCCUACUAAGGAGCUGUUGGAUGUAGAUGAGAAGAUGAAGACUGCUCACUCCGAAAAGAACGCUGUAGAAGAACACAAGAGAAACUUCCCACCAUGUGACAGUAUGUACACUGAGGAGGACGGGCCUAAAUUUGUUUGUACCAAAGAAAGUGGAGGUAUAGAGCGUGACUGGGUUGGCGUACCACGGAAACUGUAUACUGAAGCAGGCUCCGACAAAUAUCGCUGUAUCUGCGUCAAGAACACGGGACCCCCUGCAGGGGACCCCGGAGCAGCCCAACACAGCGACAGGGGGGACCUGGACAACCCUCUUGUGAACCUGCAGGAGUUUGACGGGUGUGCUUCAGAUGCAUCCGCAUGUAAGCCAUAACCAUGCUGGAUAAGAAAGGUGAUUUGUAAUA